AGUUUUAGGGUAAAACUUAAGGAGGUUACCUACUACGGCCGUGAGGGAAAGCACCAAAGCAGGGAGGUGAUAUUUGGGAGCAGCUGUGAGAUGAGGGAGGGCAACCUAGUCUCUUUGUUUCUACCCAGAACGCUUGGGGAGGAGCGGGAAGACUAUUAUCCUUUCCGGUGAGCGUGUGGUGAUCCAUAGAAGGAGUGAACGUUCUCGGUCACACCUAGAGUCUUUGAAUCAUUCUGGAAACCCUAAGGAAGAGGAGAGAUUCAAGUGGUGAAGACUCUUUCGGCCAUGUGAUGCGAGAAACAGAUUUUUUUUCAGCCGUAUGAUACGGAAAGAAACUGCUUGACAAAACAACAUUGCAGGCUCUGAAGGCUAGUGAUUGGCAUAUUGAAGGAGCAUUUUCAUUUUUUUUUCAUAACUUUAAUUUUGGUUGUCAUAAUUUUUAUUUUUAUUUUAUAAUAUUUCCAUUUGAUUAGAUGGUUAAUCUAAUAGUAGAAUCUCAAAUCAAAUAAGAUAAAAGUAAAAUUAAAGCUAUACACUUGUGAAAUAAUUUUAUCCCUUAGGCAGCAUUAUCAUAAAAUAAAAAAAAUUCAUUAUCAAAUAAAAAUAUCGAAAAAUGGAUUUUUAUAUAGUUUUGCACCAGAGGAGGCCAAUCUGUACACUACAAAUUUCGAAGGCGCCAUCACUAAAACUGAAAUGUUGAGAACGCGCCAAGAUUCAAAAUCACAAAUCAAGAAAAACAAACCCUAGUUUUCUUCCCCAAAAUCAAACGCAUUCCCUUUUUCAUUUUCAUCUUAAUCACUUUGUCACUUCAUUCUUUCAUUUUGAUUGUUACUUCGAUCUCCAAUUUCUUACCCUAGCUCACUAUCACAGUAACCCCAAUCAGCACUCCGCAGUAGGUAUCGUCGCUGCUCACUCAGUCAGUAACUUGCGGCGGCACGAUUCACUUCGUCAUAGCUCAGAAUAGAAGAAUGGAUCCCAGAGGAAAUGCUGUGGAAGCUGAAGAAGAUGGAGAUCGCAGUUCACAAAUUUGCAAAAUUUAUGUGAACGGAAUAGAAAUUCGCCCUUUGAGAAAAAGAUUAAUAAUUUUGGAUGUAAAUGGCUUAUUAGCUGACGUGGUUUGUCCUCCUCCUGAAGAUCACAUGGCUGAUGUAACAAUUGAAGGGAGGGCAAUAUUCAAGAGACCUUUUUAUCUUGACUUUUUGAACUUCUGCUUCGAAAAUUUUGAAGUUGGUAUAUGGUCAUCAAGACGAGAGCAAUUUGUUGGUCGGGAUAUUGACUAUUUGAUUCCACCCUUCUUAAAAAACAAAUUGGUUUUCUGUUGGUGAGAGCAUAUUUACAAGGCUUGACAGAAGUGGAUGAUAUGAGGAAAUAUGUGAAAGAACAUCCCUUUGGCCAAGAGGCUAUUAAUAAUGCAAGUAUUAAUUGGAUCAGACACAGUAGAUAUAUUCUUGAAUAUCGGAAGGAUUAAACUUUUUUUGUCUGAAAUGUCGUUGGAAGAGAUCCUGGUCGAAGAAAGCAAAAAUGAAGGUAUGUCUGAAGUGUCUUUGGAAGAUAUCCUGGGCUGGAUUGGUUUAAAGAGAAAAUAGGACAGAAAGGUCAUGUUUUUUGUCCUCAAACAGUUUUCUUUUGAUUUGAACAUUGAUGAAGGUUUUCGGUUUUGCGUGUUACAAAACUUAUACAUGGAAUUUGAACGGUGUAAACUUCAUCAUCAAUCACCGUAUCGUGACUGAGAUGUCCUUUUCAGAAUUUGUUAUUUGGAAAGUGAUUUCUUUUUGAAUAUUUUAAAGUGCAAAA